AACAAAACAUGGCUGAUUAUGAUGGAGAAGAUGAGAGAUUUUGCUUCAGAUGAAUAAAUAUUUUGAAAGAUGACUGAUAUUCUGUGCAAGUGGUUGAAUGACGAUGUUAAACUCAGUUCUGUCGUUGACAAAGAGAAUGUGUCCAGAUUGUUUAGCAGUGGCUUUUUGUUUGGUGAAAUUCUCUUUAAAUAUGGCAUACAAGAUGAUUUUUCCUUUUUUUCCAAAGGACGAACUGCUGAAUCAAAACUUAAUAAUUUUACGAGAAUCGAGUCUGUAAUGAAGCUUUUGGAAAUUCCUUAUAAUAUCAAUGUUGCAAAAUCUAUAAUGAAUGAGAAUCAUGGUGCUGCUUCAAGACUUCUCUAUCAACUAUUCAUUGCUUUAGGAAGAAAAGCUAAGAAAAAAUUAACAGGAGUUGCCAUGGAAACUAUGCGACCUAGCGCACCAGUUAAACUAGAAAGUAUAGAAAGUGCUAUUUAUAAAGAGCAAUUAAAGCAACUUGUUCCCAGGCAAGUUGAUGUGAAUAUUGAAACAAUGAUGGAGAGAUACCAAAACAAGCGAAAACAUCAGGAAGAACUUGCUUUGAAAGCCAAAAAAAAAGAAGAGUUUUUGUCAAAGAAAUAUAAAGAAGAUGUGCGUCAACAAGGAUUAGAGAAGUCACGACUUAUUCGUGACAAGCAAAAUGAGGUGAUGCAAAGGAUCAAGGAUGCUCAAGUAAACAUUCAAAAGCCUCCACCUUCGAAGAGAUUGUUGAAAACAAAGAAAGAAGUUGACAGAGAAAUGGAGAUACAAGAAGUUAAAGAAGACAUUGCUUUAUUUGAAGAGACGAUGAAAAAUCUUAUUCCUCAUCAGAGCUCAAUGCAACUGGAAGAUUAUUUUGAAGAGAAUGAGCGUGUUGAUUUCGACAGAAGAUCUCGUCGAAAACCACUUCAACCUAUUUUACUGAAAACAUCAGGCGACGAUUAUGUUUCUCAGAUAAAAAAGAAAUUGAACGAAAAUAGUGUCGCUAGAAAGGAACGGGAAAAAAGAAGAAGAAGAGUUUUGAUUGAACAACUAAAAGCCCACGAAGCUCAAGAGGAGGAACGGCGAGAAGAAAUGUUGGUAAAACGUCUGAUGAGACAGUCUCAACAAGAAAAAAGAAUUACUGUUCAACUUAUGCAGAUAAGACGUGAAAAACAAAUUAUUAAAGAAAACAGGAUAUUUCGUGAAAAGCAAUACGCAGAAAGACGCUUAAAAGAUUUCGAAGAUGCUUUAAAUAGGGAAGCGGAGAUGUGUCUUCUAUCGCAAAUUGAAUAUAAACAUAAAAUAGAGCGAGAUAAACAACAACGGAAAGAACUGUUGGAAGAACGAAGAAAGGCAAAAUAUGAAAAACAUUUUGACAUUUGUAAAAAGAUUUUGUCAGAUGUUGUAGACCUGAGUUGUAAAAUUGGUGAAUAUCGUGAACUAACGGACAGAAAUGUUCCUGAGAAAUUAAUUCGUGAAUGGAAAGGUUAUUUUGACGCUGCUUUGCCUCUCUAUCAAUCUUCGGAUUUGUGUGAAGAUGAGAUGGAGAAAUCAAAACUUGCGAUUAUUGAAGAAGAGAAAAACAUGUUGACGGAUGAGUCAGACUUUGUUGAAUAUAGAAUGGCUGUUGGUGAAUGGCAACAAAGUGAUGAUACUUCAGAUCAUAUUCCACCCAAAGAUAAUCCAAUCCUUGGUCAUAUUAUUCAGAAAUUAUUUAAAAUCAUUUAUCCACCAGAGUGUCCUUCGCCAACUCCCGACUUUCCACCAUUUCCGAUCAAAGCUUGUUUUCUGGGAAAAUUUUUUACUGGCAAAACGUCUGCUGCAAAUCAUUUUGUUUCAGGUCAUAGAGUUGUGAGUUUGUGUAUUGAUGAACUUGUUAAAGAUGUAAUUGAAAUUUACCAUGCUGAAGAAAACAAAAAAGAAAUAAUCAAUAAUAUUCAGCCUGAGAAUGAAGCAUUAGUUGAGGAAAAACCUGUUGAUCAAGAUGAUAAGACGUUUGAACACUCGAUGGAGGAAACGAAAGAAAAUCAUGAGGCAAGCAGCCCCAGCAGAAUGACAGAAGUCAAUGAACAGUUCGUGCAAAAUAAAACCCCUGAAGACGAGUUGAAAGAGGAGAAUUCUGUGGCUACAAAGGCUUCAUUGCGGACAAUUUUAGGCAAAAAGGCGUAUGAAUGCUUAAAAAAAGGAAAAGAAAUUUCUGACCAAAUAUUAGUUGAUAUUAUGAUUGAUGCGAUAAGAGAGAUUCCAUCUGGCACAGGUUGGAUAUUAGAUGGCUUUCCUUCAACGAUAAACCAAGCAAAGUUGUUGGAGAAAUCACUUACUGGCUAUGAUGCAACUAAAGAUACUAAAACAAAAGAUGGCAAAAUGAAAGGAAAGAAAUCUCGUAUCGCUCCUGAUCCUCAUCCUGAUAUAGAGCCUCCUCCUCUGAGCGGUAUUGAUACUGUGAUAUUAUUUGAUGUAUCUGAUGAAGUGAUUUUACGUCGCAGCGAGGGAAGAACAUACAUUCCAAGCAAUGGUGAAGUAUAUCAUCAAGAGUUUAAGCCUCCUCUCGAAGGUUCUUAUACUGGUAUUGGAAAACAAGAAAAAAUUCAUCCAUUUCCUGAUCCUUCAAAUGACAAAGAGCAAAUACAACAAAGGAUAACUGGUUUUGAUGAAUCUUGGUCGAAACUCGAGAAGUGGUUCAAUAAAUUUGGAAUCCUGACUAAACUUGAUGUUCAUCGGUCAAUUGAGGAGGUUAAUGAUAAUGUAGCAUCAAUUCUUAUGACGAUCAUGGAAAAAAUCCAAGAAAGUGAAAAAAAAGACGACGUUGAAAACAUUCUUACAAAUGCUUUGAUUGAAGUAACGGAGCAAUCGACAAUCGAUGAUUCGAUGAAUGAAAAAAAAGAUAAAGAUAAUGCUUUAAAUACUCUUGUUACAAAUGAGGAAAUAAAAGACAAGAAAAUAGUAUCACCACAACCAUCUCAAAUGAUUUCUAAAGAUGAUUCGCCACCUCGGAAAUCAGUUUCACCAAAAUCAUCCAAAAAAAGCAUACGUCCUGCUUCAAAGAAAAUUUCUCCGUCAGUGUCAAGGAAAGGAUCAAAAAUUAAAUCUUCAACAGCUAUACGGGCAGGUCUUGCUAAAUCACCCGUGAAAAAACAGGAGUUGGUGGAAGAUGAACCUGUUGAACCGGUUAUUCAGAGUGAUGGCCCAGAACCUGGAUCCAAAGAAUGGGAAUAUGUUGAUGAAGCAAUAGAAAAUUCGUUCGUGGAUAUUCUUGUAAAUCGUUGGGAAAAUAUUGAAGAAACCUACAUUGAUACAUGUAAAAAGGUUUUUCGAGAAAUUCGUCAAGAACGAGAGUUGAUUUACAGAUACUUUUAUGGUACAAGGAAAGAUUUCUUGUCAUUUCUACGAAGACCAGAUGAAAAAGAAGAAUAUGUUCUUCAAUGGCAAAACUACUAUAAUGACAUUACGCAGGAUAUGCGAUCUGAUGACGAUGUUAAAGCUGAAUUACAUCAACAAAUUGACGAUCUUUGUGAUCGUUUGCACGAGAUUUGUGAUAGUCGAAAGGAAAUGGCGGAAAAAGAAAGAAAUAUAGUAAUGGAAGACGGAUGGCUUCAAGAUCGUUUGGGAUUAUUGACAAAUCACUAUUUGACUUUAAUGCAAAUUGAAGUGGAUCGUCAUCAAGAUACUUAUCGAGUUUUGAAAGAUUAUUACAAUUCAGUCGAUGGUAAACCUCCAGUUGAAGCUUGCUCGGAAAUUUGUCGUAUUCCGCUGGUAGAUCUACCUGCCAUUGUUCCUACUUUACAGUCAUCUGUGAGUGAUAAAAGUUGUGAUAGUGAAGUGAAAUAUACUACUGGUAAAAGAGAUGGUGAAAAUGUUAAAAGUCCUGAUGGUGCAACGGCUGAAGGUGAAAAUCAUCGCAACAGAAUUCCUCUGGUUCCUCGUCGUCCCAAAUCUGGCGAUGGAGCAUUAAUGAAAGAGAAAAACAACAAACGGUCUUCAAAGGAAAAACGGGAUAAUCAAUGUGAAACACCUGUUUUACCAUGCGAUCCUGAUGAAAGACUAAUUUUUGAUGGUUUUUACAAUGCUCUUGCUGUCAUUGAUAAUCUGGCAAAUCUUGAUCAAGGUGAGCAAGAAGAAGAAGCGAAUAAAAUGGCAGAAGUUCUUCGAGAGAAAGAAAAAGACAUUGGAAAGAAAGGAGGAGGGACAGGAAAAGAUAAAAAAACUGAUAAAAAAGCAGGAAAAAGUGCGAACAAGGGAAAAGUACAAGAAACUGUCACACCUGCUCCUUUAAACGUCGAAGCUGAAAGUGAAGAAGAGAAAACGAAAAAAAAAUUGAAGGAAAAAAUUCGCCGUGAAUUUCUAGCAGCCAUUCAUUUCGAAGAUAUUUGCUUGCGCAGUCGUGUUGAAAUGGUGAGGAAUCGAUCCGUUGCUGUGUUACAAGAUUUAAAGACAAAAGCUGAUUCAACUUACCAGGAUAUGGACGACUGGUUGGGAGAGAGAUUUCUUCAGGAAAUGGAAAGUAUUCAAGCGAUGGCAGAUCUUGCACGAAAUGCUAUUGAGAAAGAAGAAAGACUUCAACAUCGACUUACCCUGGAAGAUAAAGAUUUCAUCGUUGAUUUGGAUGUGCAUGUAUAUGAGACUGCCAGCCCACCUCCUCCGCUCAGUCCUAAGGAAAUGACUGAAAAUCUCUAUUUUACUGUUGUUCAACUUACAAAUCUUUACAAACAGUUUGUCAAAGCUGCACCUUCAGGUCUUAUAUCAUGUCAAGCAUUUGUUGAUAUGUUUCUGGACCUUACGUCAACUAGUUUUGGUAUGGAAAUGUUACCGGAUUUGUGGAGUCGACAAACUAGUGUUCAACUUCAAACAUUGGCUUCUCAAAUCUCGCUUGACUCAGAGUUUGUUAAUUGGAAAAGAUUUUUGUUACUAGCAUCCAGUCCCUUAGCAAUGCCGUCACGUAAACAAUUGCUUGACAUGAUUUCAAAGUUCAAGAAAAUUGAUCGCGAGAAUAUGCGAUUUGUUAACGAAAACGAAUUUUUACAGGUGAAGUUGUGGUUUAUGGAGGAAGAUGAUGAAGAUAACAACAAUUAUCCUCGUUUGAAGCUUCUUAAACAGCUUUUUUUCAAAAUAUUUUGUGACUCAAGCAAAGUUCCGCCAGCGAUGAACUAUGAAGAUUUUCUUUUACACUUUUCAAUGGAUGAGAAUCCUGUUAAGGGUUUAUUGAAGGCAUUGAUGGUCGUUUGUCGACAGCACUUGCCUUCAUUGUCAUUUUUUCGAAAUGAGGAAAAUCUUAUGAAGGAUGAAGAAAAAAAAACUCACCCUGUCGCCAAGGUAACCGCUAAUGUACCUGGAGGUAAUGCCAAGAUAACCUUAGGAAACUUAGUUAAGGUGUUGCGUCAUGGAAGCAACGAAUCGAUCCACGAACAGCGUUUUAAAGGAGCAUCUUCAGAACUCAAACCACUGUCGACGGAGACCUUAAGUGGUGUUUAUGUUGAAUUGGGUGCAAAUGACACAGCUUCUUUACCAUUUCAUGUUUUAUAUCAACACCCAAUCAUACAAGACUUUAUAAAAACAUGUUGCAAUUAUAAAUAUCACAAUCUUGAAAGCAUUUUGAAGUCUGACAGAUUAGAAAGAUCGUCCUUGGGUGAACCUUGUUAAUGCUCCAUAAUGUUUAAAUAAUGUUUUAUGCACAACAUGCGUUUAUAUAUAUAUCGAAAUUUAUCUUCUUUUGAUAUCGUUUUUAACUUAUUUAAAUGAAAAUAUAUAACUAUAAAAAUAGUA